CCCCCCCUGGCUACGGGCCUGGUAAUAGUAAUAGUUUGAUCUCAAUAAUAUUCAUCGCGGACUCUAGUCUCGGCAAGGGGCGUGGCGAGACUAAUCGCGGCGCGGGCGAGUUGGAAGUCUAUAAAUAAAAUCAGUGGACGGAUUACACUUGGCUUUUCUUUUGUCCUGUGCCGGCUUGAAGUUAAAUAUGUCUUUUGAUGAAGUGAAAGAUCGCCUCUCUCGUUCUUUACCUCCUUACUUUGUGGAAGCCUACCAGACGUUAUUAGAUGUUGUUGGUAUCAAAUUAGAUCCACAAGUCCUAGAUUCAGCUACGAGGUUUAAAAAAGUAUUGCAAGAGCAUAAAUCGAAAAAGUCAGAAGCAGAAGCGGUAGCAUACGCACAUGCUAUUUUGACUGGUCUUGGAUGGGAAGAACUGGAUGACUUGGAGAAUCCGGUCUUACUUGAUAAAACGGUGCAGAUCGAUGACAGCUUGAACGAGGAGCUGAAGCGUUUCGAGAAAUUUGAGCAUGUUGUUUACAACGCUCUUAGGUCUUUGGGAGUUCAGUUCGAUGGAUACCAACUUAAUAGGUAUCUUUUGGCAGUCCAAGUUGUACUCGAGAAAUUUGCCUCUUCUAAUGAAGCCGAUUUUCUUGAAUGUUUUGUAUCAUUGAAGAAUAAAUUGGGUUCAUGCUCACAUGCCGUUGCAUUCACUAUAGCAGUACUGGAGAGGUCUGGCUGGGGACGUACUAAGAUAUUGAAACGAUUUGCAUCACCAAAUUUUGAUCUUAAUGCAGCUUAUCCUGAAGUUGAUCUCUGCCUGACAGUUGCUGAUUACUAUGGUAACAUGAGCGAGAGGGACUUCAGCAGUGCUAAGGUCUACACCUCUGCCGUUCAUCUCAAUCAUAGGAAUGUCAGUGGUCAUAAUCCAGUUAGUUUUACAAUACUCCUACUGCAGCAGAAUAUUAUAAAGGUUGGUGAUGUAUCCAGUAUUGAGGAUGGAAUAAAGUUCCCCAUAUUUUUUCAAAAGUACAAAGAGAGGUGUAAAGGUUUCUUUUCAAGCACUAGUCAUGAGACAGUUCCCAAGACUAAACCAGCUAGUUUCACAACACCAAUCAAGGAGAGGUAUACCAAACUGAUAGAUAAUUUUAAUUUCUCACUGAUGUUUGUUGCAAGUGAAGCUCUGAAAACAAAGUCUCUGGAUGAAGUUAAGAGCUGUCUAGAAGAUAAAGUGGUGAAGAAUGAAGUUGAUGCAGUUUCAGAUGCAACAUCUUUGGCAAAAUUUCUUCAGCGAUAUUGUUUUUUUUCAAAUUUUUCUUUACUAGAAUUUAUGAUGAAAAAGCUUGACCUCAAAGAGUCAAAGCCAAACAUUGACCAGCUAACUAAAGAGAGAGAUAACUUCUAUAGUGUAGUACUCGCCAAGGACUUUGCUGCUGCAGCAAUUAUAGAUCACAACAUACUAAUUGAGCAUCAUGUGGAGAUGACUGUUGUUGUGUCUUGGAAUUCAUCUGAGACAUACCUAGCAAAAUUUCAAGACUACAUCACUAAAGCUUUUAAAAGUCACUCAAUGUUUAUAGCACUGCUAAAAGCUCUACACCACAGCUCACUAUCAUUUGUAUGUACUAUACCUGUCUGGGAUGUAGAUGCUAUUCGUGCUGAGCCUCAUGCAUUACAAUUACUUGGAGUUCAACGAAUUAUCAUUGAUAAUGCUAUUUUAUAUGAAGCUGCCUCAGAUAGUUGUGAAGCUGGUGGAGAGAUCAAAACUCAGCAACAAGAUCUUACUCCAAUUCGACCUGUUCCAACCCCACCUUCUGAUUUAUUUCCAGAAAUGAAAAAUUUGAAGUUUGACAGUGAUUACACUGAUGAUCUUGUUAAAGAUAUUGAUUUUCUGCUGAUGACUGCCACUGAAAUAGAGCUAAGAGGAGUGCUGGGCUAUCUGAAGCCGUUAGAUGGUCGGAAUAAAAUUUUGCAAGCAUUUGUACAUGAGUGUACUUGGGUUUACAUUGGAAAGUAUGGGAAGCAGUCAGUUGUGGUUGGAAAAAGUGCAGAUAGUAAAGGUCAACAAGGUGGUUUUGAUGCUUUUGCAGUCACAAAUAAGAUAAUGAAGAUAUUUAAGCCAAAAUAUAUAAUUGCAGUUGGAAUCUGUUAUGGAAUGGACCCACAGCAAGUACAGCUUGGUGAUGUUAUUGUUUCUGAAGUUAUCUAUAACAUAUAUAACUUCAGUUUGCAAGAAGGUAGUAUCAAGUCUCGUAAAAAUGAACAUCCACAACUUCCAGUUGGACGAAGUCUUUUUUCAUUAUUUGCGAACUCUUAUGGGUUCGAAAUGAAGCAUUCCAGUGAUGAAAAUGCCGAAAAGGUUGAAGUUCAGUGUGGUGACAUUGCUUCUUUUCCUGGAAAGAUUAAUGAUCUCAAAUUUAAAAAUCUAUUACGAGAUGGAUGUCCUGAUACUUUGGCUGGUGAAAUGGAAGGAGCUGCAAUAUUCAAAGCUGCUGCUGAACAGAAAGCAGAAGCUAUUGUCAUUAAAGCUGUUGCUGACUGGGCUGAUGGGAACAAGGAUAAAUUCAGAAGUUGGAAGGAUUUUGCAUCUCAUUCAGCUGCUACAUAUGUUCAUUAUCAAAUAAAUAAGCUUCAUGCAACUGCUUUGAAAUCAGCAGAGUAGUGAACAGUUGUUUUGAUUAGUUUGUGAAUUUAACUUUGUGUGAAAACUUAAGCUUUGCAAUUUUUUUGCUGCAGGCCUAGUUAGAUUAAUUUUAAGUUUGUGAAAUUAUUUUUGCCUGUGUGAAAACUUAAACUUUAGCAUAUAUGAUUAUUCUUAUUAUUAUUGUUGUUUUGCUUAUUGUUGAUUGUAUCAAAGCAAUUGCUUACAA